AUGAGUUCGUUUUAUACAUUGGACCAUGAAGCAUUGAAGUACAUUUCAGGUCAACAAAAGCUUAACUCAUGUCGGGCCAAGUGGGCAGAGUUCUUACAAGAAUUCACCUUUGUCAUUAAGCACAAAGAGGGUGUGCAAAACAAAGUUCCUGAUGUGCUUAGUCGAAUGGGAAUGUUACUUUACACCAUGCACACCACAGUGCCUGGUUUCGAAUCAUUUCGAGAGCUCUAUACAGAGGAUACUUACUUUCCCCUAUUAUGGAAGAUGUGCAACUCAAGCGGACAACAACUUUUACAAUUAUUGAUGGUUUUCUCUUUAAGAGAAACCAAUUAUGUGUGCCUAACUAUUCCCUUCAAGAACGCAUUAUAUCUGAGUUGCAUGAUGAAGGAUGCUUCGGCAUUAAUAAGACCAUUCAAAUUGGUGACAACUCAGUAUGUUUGGCAACAUUUGAAGCAUGAUGUAAGCCGAUUUGUGAAGCAUUGCCGCAAAUGUCAAGUAGCAAAAGGGUAA